CAUAAAUAGAGGAGAGAGGGUCUGCAUCUAGACAAGCAAGAACAACACAUACACAUACAGCAACAACAACAGCAAGACGAGCAUCUCAUCCAGUCGUCAGUGAACAUGUUGGCACAGUGCGGUCUGGUGUUCCUCUUGGUAGUGACGGCUGCUGGCUUCGAGUUCAGCCCAGCUCCGGUGGAGUCCUCACCUCGUCGAGCCCGCUUCUCCGCCAACAGCCCGAACGAUGUGGCCAAGUGUCUGAACGGCGCGGUGGCGGUGGGCUGCGGGGUGUUCGCCUGCCUCGAGAACUCCACCUGCGACACCGAUGGCAUGCACGACAUCUGCCAGCUCUUCCUACAGACAGCGGCCACCCUCAACACGCAGGGUAAGACCUUUGUGAAGGACAGCCUGCGUUGCAUCGCUCAGGGAGUCACAGCUAAAGUGUUCCAGACCAUCCGGCGCUGUAACGUCUUCCAGAGGAUGAUCGCGGAGGUGCAGGAGGAUUGCUACAGCAGUCUGGAUAUCUGCACCGUGGCGCGCACCAACCCAGACGCCAUCGGUGAGGUGGUGCAGGUGCCCACCCACUUCCCCAACAGGUACUACAGCACUCUGCUGCAGGCUCUGCUGGCGUGCGACGAGCAGACUGUGGCGGUGGUGCGGGCCGGCCUCGUGGCCCGCCUGGGGCCUGACAUGGAGACCUUCUUCCUGCUGCUGCAGAACAAGCCCUGCGUUCCGGGCGGCACCGACAUGGCGGGCGGCAACAGCAACCCAGCCAGCUGGAGGAACAUGCCCGUCUUCAACAUCCAGCCCAGCUUCAGGGGACGCGACCCCACCCACCUCUUUGCCCGCAAGCGGUCCGUUGACGAGAAGCUGCGCGAGUACAAGGGGGAGAAUUAAGAUGCGUGCGCAUGCUCCCGAAGCACGUGCAGGCGCAUAUGCAUGCAUACAGGCACACACGCAUACACACAGCAGACACACACACACACACACACACACACACACACACACAAAUACACUAUACAUUGAUGCAUGGGAUACAUGCCCACAUGCAUGCGUCCUGACACACACAUGCACCCAGAUAGAAAUACACACACACACACACUCACACACAAGCUUUUUCUUUUUCUUUUAAUUUAUUCAAAUGAUCAGCUAUCGUAGCCAAAUAUCUAUUUUUUUCUUUAUGUUGACAAUGGAUUGGUCUGUGAAAAAGUUGGCUUUUAAAAGCUACACCACCACCCAAAGCUUAGCCACAAUCCUACACUGUAUCAAACCAACGGAAACGUACUUUACCUAAUCGAAAUCUAACCAAACCUCAAACAUUAUAGAUACAAAAUAUAUACUGAAAAAAACAUGAUGUUGAUUAUCAUUGUGGUUUAUUGUACAAUGUUUAAUUUAUGCGGCUUCUAUAUUUGAUAUAGUGCAUGGGUCCAAAUGUUCUAUCGAAGCUAAAAGGGAAACAAGGUGAAAUCAUGCUGGUCGUGACUCGCUUCUGUCUUCGAUUGGCCCUCUCCCCUGCCUGUCAUGUACCCUUUAAAAUGUAUGUAACUAUGCUGACACUUACUAUGCAAAGCUAGGCUACAGCACUAAACAUGUUUACUGUGACGAGCAUGAGUGAAAGAUUGAGUAUAGUAUCUAUAUAGAUAUAUACAUCUAUAUGGAUAGAUACCAAAUAUAUGAAAUAAGGAACGGAAGUAGAAGUCUGGUACUCUGCGGCUAAACUUUGUUUGUGUUGGAAUAAAUGAUGUCACAUGAUGGA